CCUGUAGAUGAGAAACAGCUCUUUUUGCAUGACUAUGGUAUUCAAGAGAUCUGAACUGUGUCAGGGGACUCGUCACUGAAGUACCUUUGGAAAACUACAGAUCCAUUUGCAGCUGUUUAGCAUAGGUGUCUCCUGAACUCUCACUAUGUCUGAUGGGGACUAUGAUUACCUCAUAAAAUUUCUAGCACUCGGUGAUUCUGGAGUAGGAAAGACCAGCCUUCUUUACCAAUAUACAGAUGGCAAAUUCAAUUCCAAAUUUAUCACAACGGUGGGCAUUGAUUUUCGGGAAAAGAGAGUGGUGUAUAGACCCAAUGGGCCAGAUGGCGUUGGUGGCAGAGGACAGAGGAUACAUCUUCAACUCUGGGAUACUGCAGGGCAGGAGAGGUUUCGUAGCUUGACAACGGCUUUCUUCAGAGAUGCCAUGGGGUUUCUUCUACUCUUUGAUCUGACAAAUGAGCAAAGCUUUCUGAAUGUCAGGAACUGGAUAAGUCAGCUACAAAUGCAUGCAUAUUGUGAAAACCCUGACAUUGUAUUAUGUGGAAACAAGAGUGAUCUGGAAGACCAAAGAAUGGUGAAAGAAGAAGAGGCUAAGGAACUUGCAGAAAAAUAUGGAAUACCGUAUUUUGAAACCAGUGCAGCUAAUGGGAAUAAUGUAAGCAAAGCCAUUGAAACUCUGCUUGACCUCAUUAUGAAGCGCAUGGAACGGUGUGUGGAUAAAUCCUGGAUCCCAGAAGGCGUAGUGCGAUCCAAUGGGCACAGCUCUACAGAACAACUGAAUGAGGAGCAAGAAAAAGGCAAAUGCGGCUGUUAACUCAGUUACAAUUAAGUUUAAUAUAUAUGCUGAAGUAUAGUACAGUUGCAGCUUAACUGUUUUAACUUACGGACAAAUCACUUUGUGUAGUUAUUUGAUGAGCUAUAUUAAUUCUUGAUACUAAUUUUUGAUUUUUCCUAUCAAACAACAUUGACUUUUGCUUGCAAAGUGUGCAGUUUAUUAGUGAUGUGACGGAGGUUUCAUUUCGUGUAGCACUGGAUAUUCCUCUAAUUCUCUACUUUGGAGGGAAGGGAAGGAGAGGAAUUUUCAUUACCAAAUUUAGAAACAUCUCUGUAUGGGCAAUGAGAAAGGGUGGGCUUCUGAACUGAAGGAUUUUCAAUUGCCCUUUGAAGGCUCCAUUAACUACACAGACUAGGCAUGUAGACUGAGUAUUGUGACAGUUCUUAGUCUCUACUAACAGCAAGUGUACCAGCAUGGUUCUUGGUUUUGAACAGAAACAUUUAAUCAUUUCAUUCAUCAAUAACAAUCUUAAAGAGCAAAUGCUGUGUUUUCCACAAAAGCCUGCGAGUAGCUUUUCCUUGCUCUGUCAAACCAUCAGCUUUUAGUGAUGACAACCAAAAGAAAGCUAUUCUGUAUAGAAUAAAAAACUACAGAGAAGCACAGGGGUAUACAGCAUAUGUAGAGCACUUCAGAUAUGUCAUGAAAUUGAAAAUGUAAACUACAACUGUACUAUAUAAAAUAUAUCCAACACAGCCUACAAGACCUCCUAACACCAAUGAAAUUUCUAGAACAUGCAUAUACAUAUAUUUAUAUGUAAAUGGCGUAACUGUACAUCUGUUGUUAUGUUUCUUUUAAGUUACCACUCAUGUUGUAACAGGAAUGUAGGGCAACCUAGAUGUCAGCAGAAUUUCAUC